AUGUCUAUGUUCGCAUCUACAUUUCGUUGGCUACAGAGGAAGAGAUAUCAAUAUGAGGUCACAUUCUCAUUAUACAUGUUGACCCCCACGGAGAAAUUUAUAUUCAAUUCGUUUCUCUUCCUCUUCUUUAGCAUGAUCAUCAUUGCCAUGACACUUUACCUUCCACAACACAUCACAUUUCUCACCAAUCGUGCCUGGUUUUACUAUAACGGCGAUGAAUCUGCCAAGUAUGCUCUUACAUCUGCGAGUCCGGUAUCAGUAGAUGCGAUGGUAAAGGAAACACUUGCGCAGGCUGCUGCGGUUAGCGCUGGGAAGGAACUAUGA